CCGUCUGACAUUGGUCUCGCUCGCACUCGCCUCGUUCCUUACGUGGCGGUCGCCUUGUGACAGAUUCACCUGUCAUUACUGAUAUUUGAGUACCAACGUUCACAGAACCGCAGGAUUACCCGUUCCUCCGUCAUCCUCUCUGCCGCUUCCAAGAAAGAAAGCAAUGCGCUCCGAUUGGCCAAUAUUUUUUUUUCCACAUUGCGAUGUGCGCUUUUAGAUACGAAGACAACAUGAGAGUUUAUCAUGUAAAGAGGCAAUUUUUAUUAUGCUGACUGUAAUAUAAUAGGAUGGUAUCUUUCACAUAUAGUGAGCAAAAAUGAGCAAUCAAGAAAGCAUUUUGUCAACAUCUUUAUCAUCACAUAUGGAUCAAUACGCGAAGACAGAGGUUGAACCAACCGAUAAUUUAUAUCUCGCACUGGUACAGUGUUUUGCUAUUAUAUUGUGCGGAUAUAUAGCUGGAAGAUUCGACGUGAUAACAAAGUCCGAGGCGAACGGUCUGAACACCUUCGUCGGCACUUUUGCUUUGCCGUCUUUAAUUUUUAUGUCUCUGGCGAAACUCGACUUCUCACUGGUCAAUUGGAAGUUCCUGCUCGCCGUACUGCUGGCCAAGAGCUGUGUGUUCGUCGUAGUGCUCGUUGUUUCACUAAUAAUUAAGAAACCGUCGAAUCCUGGACGCGCCGCCCUCUUCGCGAUAUUUACCACGCAGAGCAAUGAUUUUGCUAUUGGAUACCCGAUGAUCGAUGCUCUGUACGGACAAACCCACCCGGAAUACGCGGCGUAUCUCUACCUGAUGGCUCCUAUAUCACUAGCCAUAUUGAACCCGAUCGGCUUCGUCCUGUUGGAGAUAGGCAAGCGGCGCGUGGAGGAGCACGCAGGCUACAAAGAUAUGGUGUUCUCGGUGGUGAAGGGCGUUGUGCUGAAUCCGGUGCUGUUCAUGACGGUCCUAGGCAUCGUGGGGAAUCUCAUCUUCAAGCACAACGUUCCGCGUCUGCUCGCCACGAUACUCGAGGUGUUCGGCAACGCGUUCUCCGCCAGCGCGCUCUUCCUCCUCGGCUUGAUGAUGGUCGGCAAGGUGCACAAAUUGAAGGGCACAGCGCUGGUCAUACCGGGUAUACUGAUCUCGGUGAAGUUGUUGGUGCUACCCUUGGUCAUAAGAGAGUCCAUCAUCCUCUUGAACGCCGGGUACAACGACACGGAGACGAGGGAUCUGAGUACGUACGGCUUCUUGUACGGCACCAUUCCGACUGCGCCGGCUCUGUUCAUCUUCACUCUGCGGUACAACCUUGAGAUCGAUCUGAUCGCCUCGGCGAUGGUGGCCUGCACCUUCCUCUCGGCCCCGCUCAUGUUCGUGUCGGCCAAGCUGAUCGACGCGACUUACGCCGGCAUCACGCCGAUCAGUUACGUAAAGCAGUUGAAUAUCUUCUCCUUCGAUAUGGGCGUCGCGUCCGCGGCCGCUUGCGUGUGGCUGAUGAUCUGCUUCCUCGGUUUCGGGUGGAAAAAGUACAACCACGUCACUCAUCGGUGCACCCUGUGUCUCAUAAUCGCCCAGUUCGCAACGGCGAUAGGCGUGAUCAUUUGGUCGAAAUUGGAUCCGAAAUGCAAUUACGUCACGAUAUUAUGGUAUGUCCAGUUUGUCUUGAUAACAGUAGGCGUGUACGCGAGUCGAAUGUGGACAGCUGGAAUCGCAGCGACCUUGCUGUACCUCGGUGUACAUCCACGGUCCCACGUUGAGAAGUUGCAGAGAUACUUUUACCCGAUUGGAUGGGGGGUACCGCUUUUCUUGGUGAUAAUACUGUGCUUCUCCGAGAUCCCGGACUUGACCGAUCUCAACAUGAAGAAUCCGAAUUUCCAAUUGAACCGAGUUCAAGCCGUUGUAUCUUCAAUCUUGUUGAUAUUCUGCUUUAUAGUGACAUUGGGUUGCUUGGUCUUGCAACAGAGGUAUCAAAGAAGGCACCCUGAGCUGUCGUACGAGCAUCUUGGCAACAACACGGAGAGCACAACGAUCCCAGUCACUGACAGACCCGUGGUGGAUGUCGAGGAUUUAGUCUCACCGUUGAUCAGCUCGCCUCGAAUUCGCUGCGACUUCCAAAACGGCUGUUCGACAGGAGAGGCGUGCGGAAUGUACGAGGAGAGCUACAAUUGCAUCGAGGAGAGCGACAUGAAUACAGAUAACGACCCGCAGAUCCUGCGUCACCUCGUUCUGCUCAUCCUGCUCUUGUGCUCCACGUUUAUUGGCAUAUCGAUAUCAGUCGGCACGUUGAUCAUGGAACAGUUCUCCGGUAUUUACGCCGAGCUGGCGUUCUUAGACGUGGCCUUGAACUUCGGACAAUCGUUAAUAACAUUUGCGAUCUUCGGGCUCGAUCCAAGUCUGGGUAAAUUUGGAUGUUGGCUGCGAAAAACCUGCAAAAGGUGGCGUACAGGAAAAGAGUUACAGCUUCCUUGCGAGGAGGCUCUGAGCCCCGAAGUGAGGGCGAUCCGGGAACAGUUUAAUCGAUGCCACCUGGAGGCGUGUCGGGCACGCAUAUCCAUGUGUCGUAGGCGAUUAUUGAGAGUGUAUAGAGGGGUCUUCUCCGGCACUGACCUGGUCAACUGGCUGCUGGAGGUUGGACUCGCGAGCAAUCGGGAGGACGCUGUUCGAUACGGCCGUUGUCUGUUGGAGAGCCGAGUUCUGCAACACGUGGACGGUACGCAUCAUUUCUACGACCAGAAUCUGCUGUACACGUUCAGCGCAUAGUUGAAUUUCCGGUCUCUCGGUCUCUGCGUGGCACAAAGAUAUAUUUUAAUUUUUAACUUGUCUAAUAAAUAAUAUUUUUUUAAAUUAACGAUAUACUCAUCAGCGCAAGCUCUACGAACAAGAUCUGUUUGUGCGUACGUGUUCAACGUGCAAUUAAGUUUCCUACCCAGAUCAGCUCGAAAUAGACAAGGGAUAGUUCCAUAUAUUAUAUUUUAAACGCCAAUCGCGCGAGUGAGAAAAGCGGAGAGAUACGAUCGAAUCUCUCGACGUAAGAGUGGUACAUUUAUACUUAUUUAUGACUGUAAUUGUUCCUUGUAUUGCGUCGUAACAUUUUGCGACUGCAAGCAUAGCGAAAUAUUUGGACGAUUAUUUUGCGCCGACUACUCUUAGGUAAAAUUUAAUUUUUAUAGUGAAAUCCCCUCAUAGACAGCGGAAGAGGAUUCGCUGAGUGAGAAUAAUUUCCGAUAACAGAUUUACUUUACUUCUUCUGAAUACAAGUGACGUAUUUCUGUUGUUAAACGAGAAAUAAUACCAGUAUUAGCUGUAGUAGUAUAAUAUAGAUAGUAGCAGUUUUCCAGCUGUUUUAUUAUAAUUUUAUCUGAGGUUAGCGAAGGCUGUGUUUAAUAUAUUGUAUGCCGCUUACAACUCGUGUGAAAUAUGUACUUCCGAUGCAAGUACACUAUUUCCAUCAGGACGAAGAUCCUGAUUUCCUCGUCAUAGUGUAUUUGACGGAAGGAUGAGACACACGUAAGAGAUGCGGUUAGAAAGGAUGCUGAGAUGACGCUAAUACAGAAAGUAAUAUAUUUUCGUAAUGCCUGCGUCGCACCGGGAAUUAGAGUAUAAGUUUGCUUUAAUCUCUCGUCACCACUCGAGCUCUGUACGUGCGAAGAGAGAUGUAUGGUUUAUCGGUUACAAAGAGAAGCAUGCGUGCAUGCCAGUAGAUAGUUUCGCAAUACAAGUAUUACACCGUAGCUAUUUAUCUCUCGAAACUUUAGUCAAACACCACCGUCUCGCCUUUUUCCCUGUAAAGACAUUUAUUUCUCGUUGAAUCGUGUUUUCUCAUAUCAAGGCGAAUUUACACAGAUGUGUGUAAGUCAUGUACGAUGUAAGUCGUGGCGAUAAGUAAUAAAUACACGACAAUUCUAUCGGAA